AUGUUCAUCAGCUUGAUGUCAACAAUUCCUUCUUGCAAGGCAAUCUGUCUGAGACAGUCUAUUGCGCUCAGCCUUCUGGAUUCUGGAUUCGAGGACUCCGCACAUCCAAAUUAUGUGUGCCGGCUUAAUCGCUCACUUUAUGGUCUUAAGCAGGCGCCUCGUGCAUGGUACAGCCGGUUUGCUUCACAUCUUCUGCAGCUUGGUUUUGUCGAAGCUAAGUCAGACACUUCUUUGUUCAUCUACCAUCGUGGCAAGGAUGUGGUCUAUCUUUUGCUGUAUGCUGAUGAUAUUGUCUUGACGGCUUCAUCCGCUGAUCUUCUGAGGCGCACCAUCACCUCUCUCCAACAGGAAUUCUCACUGAAGGAUCUUGGCGCCCUUCAUCAGUUCCUUGGCAUGCAGGUUCAACGAGUGGGUUCAGAUCUCUUUCUCUCUCAACAGCAGUACAUGAUUGAGAUCCUUGAGCGGGCUGGCAUGGAAGAUUGCAAGCCCUGCGCGACUCCUGUAGACCUGAAUCCAAAAUUGUUAGCUGAUGGUGCUCCUAUUUCAGAUCCCACGGAUUUUCGUAGUCUUGUUGGUGCCCUCCAGUAUCUUACUUUCACCAAGCUAGAUAUCUCUUAUGCGGUUCAGCAAGUCUGUCUUCACAUGCAUGAUCCCCGGGAGCCUCAUCUCACUGCUCUGAAGCGCAUUCUGCGUUACGUCCGUGGCACAUUGCAUAUGGGUUUGUUCCUGCGCCCCUCUCCUCAGUCAGAUUUGGUGGUCUACUCUGAUGCUGAUUGGGCUGGCUGUCCAGAUACACGCAAGUCUACCUCAGGCUAUGUGGUUUUCCUUGGUGAUAAUCUGAUCUCUUGGUCGUCCAAGCGUCGGAACACUAUUUCUCGCUCCAGUGCAGAGGCUGAGUAUCGAGUUGUCUCUAAUGCAGUUGCUGAAGCCACCUGGUUACGCCAACUCCUGUCUGAGCUGCACACUCCUUUGCGCAAGACAACCUUGAUGUACUGCGACAACAUCAGUGCUGUCUAUAUGUCCUCCAAUCCCGUUCAGCAUCAGUGCACCAAACAUGUGGAGAUCUAUCUUCAUUUCGUUCGGGAGCGUGUUGCACUUGGUGAUGUGCGUGUUCUUCAUGUCCCGACAACAUCUCAGUUCGCCGACAUCUUCACCAAGGGGUUGCCUUCAUCCGUCUUCACGGAGUUUAGGUCCAGUCUAAAUGUUCGGUCACCCGACAAUUUGACUGCGGGGGUGUGUUAG